AUGUAUUCUAAUAUUUAUUCAGGUACAAUUAUUAGUUCGGAUGUCGUGAAUUAUUGUAUUCAUGUAACAAAUAUGCCAAAAGAUGUAAACAGUGAAGAGUUAUCAAUGAUUUUUAAAAUCGAUAUUACCAAUAUUCUUGUACGACCUUAUAAUGAAUUGAACCAACAUUUAGUAGAAAAUAAUCGUGUACAAGCUGAAGCUUGGAUAAAUGAGAUUAAUAAUGAAUGUUUUGCACAAAAAUUAGCUACAGAAAAAAAUGGAUCUUUUUUACGUGGUUGCAAUAUUCACUGUGAAGUUAUUUGUUUUCCAGUAAAAAUAUUUGAAUUAUGUGAAUAUUUUGAAAAAGGAAUAUGCAGAAAGUCAAUUGGUUGUGAGAACAAACAUAUACGAUGUGUUGAACCAUUACAAUGUGAAAAUACACAAUGCUGGUAUGGACAUAAUCUACAAAGACGUAGAAAAUCAGAACGUCGAUCGAGAUCAAGUGAGAAAUAA